AUUCACACUUUUUCUCCUCAGGAAAUUUUCUCUUCAGGAAAUAUGGCACAACAACUAUUGCCGUAUAAACUUCAACCUCCAAAGAACUUGUCUGCAUUACAUAAAACAAGUGCCGAGCUUGGAUAUCCCGAUUUUUAUCCUCCAAAACCAGGUCAGGAUGAAGACCAAAUGACUGAGGAGAAUGUACAACAUGGUUUCACUGGCGCUCUCUUUGUGGAACGAGAGUCUAUCUCCGCACAGGAUAUGAUGUUGGAUGAUAUAAGAGACCCAAAAGGUCUUGAGAAUCUCGGGGAGUUCAUGACUGACAUAAUGAGACGUAAACAUCAGAUUAACACUUUUGAAGACAUUUUUAUUUUUCGCCGCCAUAGAUCUUCUCCAUACACUGUACCACAAAUAGUUUGGAUGUCUGCCGAAAGUAGAGAUGAAUGGUUAAGGAAGCUGGCUGGCAAUAGUCCACUUAAAGAAUUGGCAAAGAACAAUUCUAACAAUGCUACGCAAGAGCACAAAAAAAAUUGGAAUACAACAUUUCACACCUUUAUUCAAAAACAAGGUCGUGAUUAUGAUCCUGAUAAUUUGGAUAGGGCUGAUCAUUUAAACACCAUUAUUUGGUUGUGGUUUGUUCAACAAUUCUUGGAGGAGUUUCAACGAUCCCGAACGUUAAUGAGGUUAUUGAUAGAAAUUAUCUUAAAGAAAUUACAAGAUACUCUUUUUCUAGCCACUCCUGAUAUGUUUGUGUUUCCUAUUUGUUGGAACACAUACAAAGACCUCUUGCGAUGUGUUUUUGUUGAAGAUAGUUCUGUUAAAUCAGAUAUUACUAUACCAAAAAAUAUGAAACGACAAAUGGAAAGAUAUUACGAAUUGAUACGUGCUAGGAAUGAGGUAUUUGAUAAAGAAAAACCAGACAUGAUCGGGAAAAGAAAUGCACAAGAAUUACAACAAUCUAGGAUAAUUGAUAUCCUAGAUAAAGUUGGUCUCCAUGCUGACUAUCAAAAUAUUACAGCAGAAUACUUUCGUACCAAUAGUAAAUUUCCAAUGUUAGAAAAAGAAGUAUCAACUCAUAUUUACGGGUUAUGUUAUUGGGCUGUAACUAAACAUCGUGCCGGUGAUUAUCGUAUUUACUCUGUAAGCACUAUACUCGAUAUAUGGAAAAACGCUAUGACAAAUGCAGAUGAAAAAUUACAGCGUCAGACUACAAUUCAAAACUCUUUAAUGGAUUUUUUGGAUAUUUAUCCCCUUGGCUGUAAUGGAAUAUGUGAAAAAGAUGGUAAACUAUUUUCACGUUUCAUACCUCUAAAAUGA